AUGACCAUGACCACGAUGCCAGAGAGCCUCAAUAGCCCCGUCUCGGGCAAGGCGGUCUUCAUGGAGUUCGGGCCUCCCGGGCAGCAAAUGCCGCCGUCGCCCAUGUCCCACGGGCACUACUCCAUGCACUGUUUACACGCGGCCGGCCACUCGCAGCCGGACGCCGCCUCCUACAGCCCGGCCUCGUCCUUCUCCAGACCGCUGGCCUACCCCUAUGUCGGCUCGGUCGGCAGCCACUCGGGCAACCCCUACAUGAGCUCGGUGCAGUCCUACCCCAACAGCACCAGCCUGGCGCAGACCCGGUUAGAGGAGACAGCGGGGGACGUGGAAGGCAGGUGGAUUGUGGACCACCGCAGUCCGAAACCCGCACUGAAUUCCAGGGCAGUCAAAGGCGUUCAGGUCAAGAUCUGGUUCCAGAACAAGCGCUCCAAGUUCAAGAAGCUGAUGAAGCAAGGCGGCGCGGCCCUGGAGAGCGGCGCCCUGGCCAACGGCCGCUCCCUGUCGGCCGGCUCUCCGCCGGGGCCUCCGGUCUGGAACACCAACUCGUCGUCGGCCAAGAGCUCGACGGGCACCCCGGGCACUUACAUCCCCAGCUACACGUCGUGGUACCCGACGGCCCACCAGGAGACUAUGCAGCAGCCGCAGCUGAUGUGA